AUGGCGAAUUAUAUUCUACCCCUCAUAGCAGCCGUAGCACUCACCCCCUUCACCCAAGCAGACUACUGCUGUACAGCUCUCUCCCUAAGCUCCCUCUCCCCCCACAUCCUCUACCCAAACAGCACCGCCUACACCGCCCGAGAAGCCACCUACUUCGACAUAAAACAACAACUCCUCACCCCCUCCUGCAUCCUGCAGCCCAAAACCGCGCAACAAGUCUCCCUAGCCAUCAAAACCCUCACAACAGCAAGUCGCCUCAAAUCCUGUCCCUUCGCCAUCCGCAGCGCAGGCCACACGCCCUACGCCGGCGCCUCGAAUAUUCAAGAUGGUGUGACAAUCGACCUGAAAUACCUCAGCGACGUCAUCUAUGACACCGCCUCCCGCGUCGUUAGUAUCGGGCCCGCGGCCAACUGGGGUGAUGUAUUCAAAACUCUGGAGCCGUAUGGUGUCAUGACAACAGGUGGACGCGCAUCCUCCGUCGGCGUAGGCGGUUUGGUGCUAGGGGGCGGUAUAUCGUAUUUCUCGCCCGAGCACGGGCUCGUUUGCGACAACGUGGUUGAGUUUGAAGUUGUGCUUUCCGACGGUUCCAUUGUCGUGGCGAACAAAACCGUUGACGCUGACCUCUUCACCGUAUUGAGAGGCGGAAACAACAAUUUCGGUAUCGUGACGGGGAUUAAAAUGAGCACGUUUCCCUACCAGGGCCUGUGGGGUGGACUAGUCUUGUACCCCGGUGAGAAGGAAAAGGUUCAACAACAUUUUGAAGCGCUGGUCAGGUUCUCGGAAAACAUGGGAAAUGAACCAAAGGGCGCGGUUAUUGUGAUGCCGGUUUAUAUGAAUGCGGUUGGGAAAGAGCAGGUGCUUAAUGCGUAUGAUUAUGCGGAGCCGGUACCGAGACCGGAGAUUUACAGCGAAUUUCUUGCGAUUCAGGGAAAUGUUUCUGAUACGACGGGGAUUAGAAAUAUGUCGUCGCUGGCGGGCGAGCUGGGGGCUUCGACUACGCAUAGGAUCUAUUUUGGAACAUUGACUUUUGCCAAUGACAUAAGAGUCAUAACCAAAGCCCAUGAGAUCUUCUUGGACGUGCUGUCCAGUCUCAAGGCCAAGGCGGCGGGUGAUUGGUCCAUUUAUACGCUUUUCCAACCCCUUCCUCCCGCGUACUGGAAAGAUACCGCGGCAAAGGGUGGUAAUGUCCUGGGUUUAGAGCGCUUUGGCAAACAGGCACUGUGUCUGUACCAGCCCUAUCUCAUGUGGCAAGGAGCGGUCCAAGAUGCGCUCUUUCAAGCUGCCGGUGCCGAGCUUGUCAGAAGAAUCAGAGAGUAUGCUGAGAGUCUCGAAGCUGCUAACCCGUAUCUUUACCUGAACUACGCGGAUAUAACGCAGGACCCGCUCGCAAGUUACGGUGCUGAGGCUGUGGAGAAGAUGAGAGCUGCAGCGAAAAAGUAUGAUCCCUCGGGCGUUUUCCAGGAACUCGUUCCAGGUGGCUUCAAAAUCUCUCAUGUACAGUAG